AUGGCUGUAGUUGGGCAGAAGGACGAUGUAGUUCUAACUUCAUUUACAACUCUUUCUAUACUGCAGCUAAUUAAAGAUGCCCAGCAAAGACAUGGACUUCGUCACGGUGACUACCAGAGAUAUAGGGGUUACUGUGCUCGUCGUGUACGAAGAAUUCGUAAAUCUCUAGGUUACGCACAUAUACACAAGAGUGUCCCGAAACACCCAGCAAAAUUUCAACAAAAAAAACUAAUUUUUGAUGUAGUUUCGGAAGAACGGUAUGUUUCUAAACUUGAUUCCCCAAGAUAUUUACAAAUCGCUGUAUUUGAUGCAGAACGGAACUGGUCUUAUGCCAUGCAGCUUAAGCAUGAAGCAGGAGAAGAUGCCCAGUCACGCAAACGUUUUCAUAUGAUUUCGAAGUUACGUAAGGCUGUGAAGCAUACGUCAAAUUUAGACUCAAUUGUUCGGCAGUCUAAUCGGACAGAUGCGGCAACUAAAUUAGAAGCACAGGCCUAUCACAACUGGAUGACUGGAUGCCUGUUGUUUGAACAAAAGAACUAUAAAAAUGCCUUAGACUUUCUGAAAACUGCAAAGACGAUCUAUAAGAAGCUAUCAGGCGUGGUUAAAGACACCGAGCUAACAAAUUUGUAUAACGCAAGGUGUCAUGAAAUACAACCUCAGAUCCGCUUUUGUGAGUUCACUAGCGGGGAGAACAAAAAUACUGACGAGGCGAUGUCGGAAAUGAUGAAUAUGCGAUUGAAAAUCGGGGAAGAUGAGAGUAAUUUGCAGGACGACUUUGAUAAAUUAAUUGCUGAGAUGCGUGCUAAAGCUGUUGUUGAUCAAGAUGUUGUAAUAACAUGGGCUGGCAAAAGAAUCUCUGUAACAAAUGAAGCAGUUAGACAGUUAAUUCAAGCUGUAGAGUUAUUCAAUUCGCAGUUGCAGUCGACAGUCUCUCAUGAGGAUAAGCUCACGCUUUACGAACAACUUUUAAGCAGCUUGAGAGAUACAAUCACUAAGGUGAACGAGGAAAGCAAGAAGGCAGCUGCUAUUGGUGACGCUAGCGCCUUUAAAAAUCAACAGAUUACAGCUUAUCUUGAUUUUCUUCGUCUCAGUAGAACUGUAGAACGAUAUGUUUUGAUAAUCAAUUAUGUCAGGGGCCAGAGCGAGAAGAAAAUUAAGUCGCAGGACAUGCUUCGUUUGUACGAUUCUGCCAUAGAAAAUUGUAAAGAGAUUCUAGAUUUACCGGAUAUUAGCUCUGAUCAUUUGACCAAGGAAGCUUAUGAGCUAAAAGUUGCAUAUUAUCUUGCAUUCCGAUGUUAUUACAUGGCCGAGGCUUGCGCGGCUCUGUCAAAGUAUGAUGAAGCUGCUGCGCUUUUUGAACGUGCAUUUGAACGAACUGCGACAACGAUCAAGAUCUUUGGUGAAGUUGGCAGUAAUCCACUUGUUUUCGAGAGCAAGGAGGAGCUAGAGGAUUUACUGAAUCAAAUCUCAUUAGCUAAAUAUGCCGCUCAAGCUAACCGGUUGACAGAAUCUGCGAAUCUCAGCAUCGAAACUGCGGCUGCAAAUACGCUUGACUCACGGGUAUUUAAAAAUGGAUUUGAGCUAAACUUUUUCUGUUGUUUCUGUCGUUGUAGAAUUAAGCUGCCAUUUAGAAGAAGAGGUCUUAAUGAACUAACGUUUUUGACAAUAAGCAAGCGAAGUUAUGUUUUUUUUGAAUAUUUUCAAGUGUUUUUGACAGUUCUACUAAAAUAUUGCUAGAG